UUUAAAUCAACGAUGCUUAAAUAUCUGCGUGCUUUUACGAAAAUAAGUUUCAGCAGUAGUGCUGUCACGAACUGCAUCUUAUACGACGUUGCAUCUUAUACGACGUCCACGUGCGGAUACUAUCCGGAAACUGUCGCAGAGUUGUUCAAAAGUUCCUCUUAUUCUAUCGGAUGCAUGAUGAGAUUAAGCGAGAUGAAAGCGACUGUGAUCGAUCAAAUUAAAUCGCGCCCGAUGGAAGAAGAAGAUCCUCUGACGAAGUUGAAGAAACGCGAUGAAGAUGAAGAAACAGAAAUUUUCCUAGCUCUAACUACGAGUCUGCAGGAUGCUUGGUACAAUGAUGAAUUCAUUAUCGCAAUAUCCAACUUCAAGAAUAAAAGAAAAUCUUCCGAUGAUUCAGUGGAGAUUCUGUUAUCUGUGAAAUAUCUGGGAAAAACGAAAUUAGUGCUCAAAAUCGAUCGACGAACAAAACGCGUUAUACUUGAGAAUCUCGAUGAUACGGGUCAACGCAGCGCGUCAUAUGUCAAAGUGAACACUCCUCUGAAGAGUCUGAUUUUACUGGUACAUCAGAGGCAGCCUAAUCCUCGCAUAGAUGUGUACGUCGAUUGUAAUUACAAGGGUUCUAUACCGUUCAAGAGAACUUUCCGCCACAUAUCUGGGAACGAGGACACUCUAGAAGGAUACGUGGAAGUAUUGAAAGAACGAAAAUGCCGAACAAAAGUGUAUCAGACUGCAAUCACUGAUGUGCUGAGGAAAGAGCAAUGUCCUGACAACUUAUCUGACAUGAAGCAGCCCUCAGUAUUCGAAAUCGAUACGUCAAAAGGACGAUUUACCGAUUCUAAUGAAGACUAUCAAAAUAAAUCUACCGAUCGACCUAAGAAAAAAGAUCACUCGGGACAUUCAAAAGGCAAAAGCAAACCCGAUGAAUACAACUCUUCCGAUUCGUUUUCUCCAUCUGGUGAAACGGACAAUCUUGACUAUCCAUAUGGAUCUCGUCCUCCACAAUCUUUGAUAUCUCGCCCCAAAAAACAUUCCAAAUCUGAUAAACCCAAACAAUCAGGUUCGAAGUCCGAUAAAUCGGAUCCGUAUGGCUACGGCAAACAACCUGGAUCGAGUUCGUAUAAUUUUAACACAAAUCCUUCCUUAACAUCAGACGAAUCUACUGAGUCAUCUGACGAAUCUUUCAACAAUCCUAAACGACCUGGCCGAAGUCCGUAUUCCGGUAGUUCGGGUCAGAAAGUAUACCCUUAUCCAACGGACAUGUAUGAUUCAGAUGAAUCAUCCAAAAGAGUACCCAGGAGAGGCGACAUCGGAAUCCAAAGUCUGGAUGAGCGAGUCUGCCAGACCGAUGAUCAAAUCGUGAAAACCUUGAACGAAUUAAUCAACGCUACCAGGAAACUUGGGAGGGAGUUGGAACUAAACAGGAUGGAAACCCAACAUCUUCGUCGUUUGAUUGAAAAUUGUUCGGCGUGUCGUACACCCAUCGUGCCAACACCGCCGCCGUCCACGUGCGAUCAUAACUCUCCGUGCUAUCCCGGCGUCGAUUGCCGUAACACACCGAGCGGACCCCAGUGCGGCCCCUGUCUACGUGGUUACUCCGGAAACGGACGGGUCUGCGUCAAAAUGGUCACAAGCAGUCCCAUCACCUGCCUCCAACGGCCGUGCUUCUUAGGGGUGCGGUGUUACGACGAUGACGAUUAUGGCUACAGGUGCGACAGAUGUCCAAACGGAUACACCGGCGAUGGCGAAAGAUGCGAGAGGAUAAGAAAUCCUUGCGACCGUCACCCCUGUCAUCCGGAAGUUAAAUGCCAUCCUACUUACAGUCCACCGUAUUUCAAAUGCGGCCCAUGCCCACCGGGAUACGUGGGUAACGGCACGGUGUGUCUCGAUGCGAACGAAUGCGAGCUGGCGCGACCCUGUCACCCCGGAGUACGGUGCAUGAAUCUCCAUCCUGGAUACAGAUGCGACCGUUGCCCGACAGGUUACACGGGGCCGAUGACGGAAGGCGUCGGUGUCGAGAUGGCCAGGACGCGAAAGCAGAUCUGCCAGGACAUAGACGAGUGCGAGACCAACAACGGCGGAUGCGAUCCCUAUUCGGAGUGUAUUAACACGGAGGGAUCCUACAGAUGCGGUCCGUGCAGAAGUGGUUACGUUGGCAAUCAAACGACAGGAUGUCAUCUUCGGGAAGGUACCUGUCCAGAUUUGAUAACGGUCUGCGAUGUCAAUGCCUAUUGCAUCGCCAUGUAUACCAACGAAUUCACAUGCAAGUGUCAUGUUGGUUGGACUGGAGACGGGUAUUUUUGUGGUCCCGACAGCGACAACGAUGGCAUCCCCGACAGUAGUCUUAAUUGCCAUGACCGUCGUUGUCACGCUGACAAUUGUCAGACGGUACCGAACAGUGGCCAGGAGGAUGCCGACGGUGAUGGUAUCGGUAACGCUUGCGACGAUGACGCCGAUAAUGACGGCGUAUUGAAUUUGACCGAUAACUGUUGGCUCAUUUCUAAUUCAAACCAGCUCGACAGCGAUAACGACAAAAUCGGUGAUGCCUGUGAUAAUUGCCCGAAGAAUUGGAAUUCGAAUCAGGAGGACAUUGACAACGAUGGCGAGGGUGACGCGUGCGAUAACGAUUUGGAUAACGAUGGUAUACCCAACAAUCAAGACAACUGUAUCAACGUAAAGAAUUCAAAUCAGCGCGACUCCGAUGCGGACGGCAUCGGCGAUGUCUGCGACAAUUGUCCUGGUAUUAGCAAUGCUGACCAAAAUGAUAUCGACGGCGACGGCGUUGGGGAUGUUUGCGAUACCAAUGCGGAUCGCGACAGGGAUGGUAUCCAGGAUGACAAGGACAAUUGUCCGGACGUGGCGAACCCCGGACAGAACGACGGCGAUCGUGACGGCAUGGGCGACGAAUGCGACGACGACAUCGACGGAGAUGGUAUACCCAACAGGAGGGAUAACUGUCCUUACGUCUACAAUUUGGAUCAGCGUGAUCUUAAUCACGAUGGCAUUGGCGAUGCGUGCUGGAACGAUAAUGACAACGAUACAGUUAUUAAUAUCCAUGACAACUGUCCAAAUAACAGUUUAGUAUGGACAACAGAUUUCCGUAAAUACUUUACAAUCGCUCUCGAUCCAUACGGUACAGCGCAACAAGAUCCCGUAUGGAGAAUUCAUCAUGAUGGUGCUGAGAUUCAACAGCUUCUUAACAGCGAUCCUGGAAUCGCGAUAGGACCGGACGAGCUAAGUAACGCUGACUAUGAAGGAACUUUCUACGUCGAUAACCACGAUGACGACGACGAUUUCGUGGGCUUCGUCUUUUCCUACCAGGAUAAUCGACAUUUUUACGUUGUUUACUGGAAGAGAAAUGCGCAAGUUUACUGGGAACCAUCCCCAUUCCGUGCUGAAGCGGAUCCUGGGUUUGUAAUGAAGCUCGUUCAGUCCGACACCGGACCGGGCGAGAUGCUCCGAAACAGUCUCUGGCACAAGGAAGACACUCCCAAUCAGGUGAGGGUCUUGUGGAGGGAAUCGGGGAUCAGUUGGCAGCCAAGAGUAUCAUACAGGUGGCAUCUGUUGCACAGACCUAAGAUCGGCCUGAUCAGAUUCUGGGUGUAUCAGGGCACACAGCAGAUAAUCGACUCUGGGAACGUGUUCGACUCGACUCUGCAAGGUGGUAAAUUGGGUGUCUACUGCUUCUCGCAGGAGAUGAUCACCUGGUCGGAUUUACUGUAUAAGUGCACAGAUACCGUGCCUCAAAUUGUGUGGGAUCAGCUACCUGAUAAUUUAAAGAGAGAAGUUGAAGUGGAGAUUUCUAACAAGUAUCAACAACAAAUAAUACAACGCAGAAUGAAUUACGACUUUUAAAACAGGCUCUCGAUGAUUUAUUUUAUCAUAACAAUGGGUAAAAGAAAAUACGUGGAUUGAAUCUAAAUCUCUGUAAUUUUAAUUUUUAAAUAAUCGAGGAGCCACGAACGAAUUAUAAUCUACUAUAAAAUAA